AUGCAGGCACUGAAGAAAAUGGCUCGAGUGAGCGCGCCAUUGAUUCAUUCGCUCACUCUUUCAUUCAUCCAUUCAUGAGACAUGGGUAUGCAUGUGGUUUGUGCCCGCAGUUCUGGCGCGCCCUGGCGACAGAAAGCAAGAUGGCUAAUUCCAAGCCCUCGAAAGCAAGGUGAGACCUUGAUUGGCCGCUUACUAUUGACCGCCUUGGCUUCUGCCUGUGGCAGGGCAAUGAUGCUGAGUGAGGCACUCGCUGCAGUGUCCAGCGCCCACCAAGCGUAUGUCAACCUGCUGCGGCGGUUUCCAAAGAGCAAGGUUGGUUCGUACAGCGGGUUGACACACGAGCAAUCGGAUACCCAUGCUUUCCGAACACAUUGAAGGAUGCUCUUGAGCUGUUCGCGACCUUUGUUCGGUCAGUUUGCGAAUGGUCAGACAUGGUCUGCUUAUCUGGUUAGUCGUGUCGUGUCUUGUGUGUCGUCAGGCAGCUGUACAACGAUGACAGCAGGUUUGGUCAAUGACGCGCCGACAAAGGAGCACUCUUAAAAGAUGAUGCAUUGCACUCUAACUUAAAGGGCGGAGCUCUUAAUGAUCCAGGCGGAUGCUGAUGCUGAUGACCGAUCUGUCGCUUACAGUGAGCAGAAUGCAUGAAAGCACGUACAUGCACGGGGCCGUCACUUGUGCCAACGUAUCUGUCGAUCUCGCAUGCAGGCCACAAUCCCUCGUCGCUUGAAUCGCCCGACCCUGACGGAGGAUUCGAGAUUCGCGAGGGAGGUACGAAGCCUUCGUUCACAUACUCGGCUCACGCAAUGGUUGGCGCCAUGAAAUGCAGGCAGCAAGAAAGAAGAAAACAUUGGCCUAAUAGAAAUCACCAAAAAAAGAAGACUCAAGGUAUGCAAACAUCAAUCAAGAAGGGAGGCCUCAUGCGUUCUUCUGCUCAUUUCUAGUGGGCUGAAGUGGUUGCCAUUAUCGGUAAUGAUUGCUUGGCCGGUGCACAUGGGACGGAAAGCUGUGUUGCCUGUUUUGUUUGUGUGUUCUUGAUCUGCCGCAAUGAAGGCCUGGUCGUGAUGAUUGUCAUUGGAGUGGUGACUCACUUCGUGCAGAUUGGCGAGCUCCAGUUCACGACUGAGGUCAGCGAGACUGUGUAUGGUCUCGGGUGGCAAUGGAUUAUCUUUCUUCUCGUUGCAGAAGCUUCACGAUUUGCAAUACAAUCGCAUCCUUAUUAACAACUGGUAUGCUUCAUGCACCCACACUCGUAUAUAAGCCUGCUUGCAUUCUGGUGUCCUUCUCGCCUACGUGUCACGUCGCCACGGGUCAACCUCUUGUGCAGGGCCAAGGUGCGUGCGCAAGCAGGAUAUGUUUCCAGCCUUGUACACAUCUUCUGUCUUAUCUCUGCUGCAGAUAUGCAACAGUGUCACAGGUACAGAUACUGUUAGAGAUGGGAUAUUUUUCUCACACAUCCUGCAAAUACCUCAGUUACUCACACGUGGUGGAGACACCUUACUGAAGAAUUUCCUCUGAGCGCGGGGACUCAUGUAGAUGUGACUCAGCCGCUGAACGUCACUGAAGAAGAAAUUCGAGCUCGCAUUCAGCGAGAGUUGGGGGACAUUGGGAGAUACGUCGCGGAGAUAACAGAUGCCGCUAAUUUCAUCAUCGACAAAGCCAUCAGGGUCACCCUGGACAUCUAGAAGAGAAGGGACACGCAUGGACGUAUGGAUGAAGGAUGGCAUGUCUUGUUUAGGAGAAAAUGCGUGACGUUGAAGACUUCUAUCGAGACGGAAGUGCUGAUCUCUCAGUUGUUACUUUUGACGGUAUGUGACAUGAAUAUGCCAGUCGAUCGGCCAAUGAAUUAUCCCCUGCUUGCUUUCAGACUUCGGAAAUAAGAAAAUCAGGGUAGCACACGUAUAUUUCUCAGAUACCUGUCAGCUGUCUGCCCUUCUUGCUGUGUAUUGUUCAGGAGAAGAUCACAUAUUCUGGUUCGGUCCUGCACACAUGUACGUUGGUGUGUGCAGGACCCCGUUCUUGUUGUGCAGGGGUCGUCGCUGACUAUCUGCUGGCUGUCUUAAGAGUGAUGGGGGAGGAAGCUAAAGAUGAGUCGAUUGAUCUCAAGGACGUCUUGCAAGUAAAAGUGGCCAGACACAUCGUUAUUGAUCAACGUAAAUGGAUAGUUUGCCCACAUCUGCUUAUCGCCGCUCGCUCAGAACUGUCUCGGCAAGGCGGGUGACGGUGGUCAGAAGAUCAUCGAGGUACGUACGGAUACAAUGGAUCCACAAUUGCCACCUUCUUCCGCUUGUAUCGGUCGCAGAUGGAACUUUCACACAUAAACGACGGUGAGCAAAAGGAACACACUGUGUACCCAUCGCAAGUUUAUUGUGCCUCCAGUCGUGGCUCACAGUGAAACCGUGAUCCUGGCGAUGAUCACCUGCUUUCUCAUUUUCAACCUGUUAAUCGCUCUUGUGGUCUUGCGGAUGGUUCAAGUGGGAAUGGUGAGUAUGUCUAUGCAUGGGUCGCGUCGAUGGAUGACAUGUCUACAUUUGUGUGUGUGUGCAGUCCGAAUUUGAUCUGCUGGGUCAGUCGGGCUUGGCCAUAAAUAUCGCCUUCUCUCUCACACACCGCCAGAAACUCCGCCUUCGAAGACGUUUUGCCCGUGAGAGCCGGAAGGGCAUCGAUUUCGAGGGCAUCGACAUUCAGUAAGGCUCCCUCAGAUCGCACUGACCCGUGGCUCUUGUGAGCUGUACAGGGCUGGAGAAUCGAGAAGGAGCAGUAUGCUGGACCGGGACUAUGACUCGCCUGCAAAGCAACUCGCCCCACCAUUCAAAUCGGCGCUGAAGUCGAGUGAACGCAGGAGCAUUACGGCCGAGGAGCAUUUCGGUGCCAUGAAGUCACCCACAAGCAAUGACGAUUUCGCAUUGACCCCGGACGUGAGUGGCGAGGCGGUUGCUUGCGGAUCGGUACGAGUGGCGAGCCCGAAGGGGGGCGGACUUUUGAUGCAUCAUGAGGCAGUGACCUUCGGGAGUGACAACACGGCGGUGGGUGAGCUACUCAGACGCUCACAAGAUAUGAGCACGCUCGCUCUUGACCUGCUGCAGGAUGUUUCGAGAAGCCCUCCAGCCGAUACCGGUAUGGCGUCGGCGGACGAGCGGCUGUCGGGAGGUGGUUGUGAAAACGCUGAAGUACCAAUCAGGAUCAGUAAUGCAGUAAGGCAUCACACAGUCGUCUGGCGUAGAGGCAUCACAUAUCUCUGCGUGUGGCCUCCGUGGGCAGCACGAUAGGGAAAAGGUAUUCGAUGACAACGUUGGGGCCAAGUAGGGAAAAGGUAUUCGUAUGCGGCUACAGACGACAUGAUGCGUUUAUGUGGUCGCAGUGCAUCGUCCAUGCAGCCCGAUGUCUUCCUCGACCUCUUUGCAAAGCCAGAAGACUCCCACCACCCGGUGAGUCCCGACAACGUGAGUCUGUGCCAAGUGAGGUAUAAACGAUCGCUUCGCACAGGUCGCUUCUGGCGAGACAAUGUUUAGGGAGCCGAAAGAGCCAAGAAUAGCCUUCGAGGGCGGCGCAGGAGUGGCAAAGUACACGUCGUCACUGACGUAAAAGCAUAAAUGCCUUACCUUGGAGAGUUUUUGUGAAAGAAUGUCGUGCUUCUGUGCUGUUUUGGCAGAAAGGAUUUGUCACCCUUGUCGGCGACUUGUGGUGGUACGCGGAGGAGUAGGAGUGACACCGAUAUGCGCCUGCACCAGAGGUGGCUGCUGUGGAGGAAAUACUGCUGCCCCCGGGAGCCGCCAAACAUUUGCAAGUGGGCAACGACAACUCUCUUCGGGCGGCUUUCGCGGCUGCUGCUGAUCUUUUGGACCCUUGUCCUCGCAUACUCCAUCUUCACGUACUCAUUCAUGGUAUGCCUCUAAGUGAAGACUCGCCGCAGGCCAGUGUUCGUCGACUGAUGAUGAAAUGUUUUCAGGCAGCAGAGAUGGCGCGCGUAGACAACAUGACGGAGGAAGUAACACCCUGCAUAGCUCACCCUUCGAGCGCCUGCAUCCAUCUAUGAGCACACUGUGAUCUAUGCAGGUGAUGCAGGCAACUCUCGGUGAGUACCGCUUUCGGCACACUCAAAUCGCCAGCAUUCAUUUGGUCGAACCAACCCUGUAAGCCCAACACUAAAGGCCUACACACAUGUACACACACACACACACACACACAGACCCAGGCUCGAUAAUCCAGACAGACAGACAGACAUCCUGCCUGCCUGGUGCAUGCACAUUUAUGUUCCCAAUUGGCCUUGGCGCGAGACACUUGCUGAGAGCGCUCCAAGUUGGCCGGAGUACUUUGUGGUCAGCGGCCCUUCAGCGAAUGAGUACAAGUACUGGUCAUCAUCAAUGCGUGUCCCUCCGUACGUGUUGCAGGAACAGCUGUCGCUCGGCGCCGAGCAGGUGACUACACUCCUGUAUCAAAAGAGCAAGACCUCGGGCGAACCGGUGACUACAAGUCGCAUGAAUCACACAGAUUGACUGACCUGCCUAGGCCACCCCUGUAGCUGAGCAUCGUCUGUACGAUGUCGCUGCUUUGUCGGUGAUGGCUGUGUAUAUACAUCUUCAGAUCGACCGUCGAUUUGAAGCCCGUCGGAGGUACGUAUAUAGUCUGGCGCGUAUAGUCUUCCUAUGCCGAUCCCCCCUUUGUUUGCUGCGCUGCCAAUUGCCUACAGGUUGCUCUACUACCCUGGCUGUCUUCUCCUGCCACCUGUGCUGUCAUGGCCGGCCUUUGUGCGCCCAUCUGUCGCGUCAUUUGACUGUGCUUUCCUUCUGUGUGUGUGAACGCAGGAAGGCACAUGCGAUAACAGGACGAAUCCUUACCCCUUCUCAGGCACGCCUUCCGCUCACACACAACAGACUGCUCCAAGCCAGCACUCAGCAGCCAACUCAUUUUCUUCCACCUUUCACGGGACUACUCAGAAAAAAUGGAGGCUGGAUUCUAUCCUGCGUUGGUGGCGUGGUACGUAAACCACCUGCUCUUGAUACCUGUGCCUUUACCUCCCGUUCUUUUCAGGUUUGAGGAGGCUGAAAGGUUCUUCCUGAACUGGGUACUAUGCGAGUUAUGAUCAGCACCGGAGGCUCGGGAUGACAAAUAGUGUAUGCCAUGGCAGGUCUAUGGCGUGGGAACACCUCGCGAGUACUACGAGCAUCCUUUCUAUGUGGAGGUCAACCCCUAUGUAAGACGGCUGUCGUCCAAUUCUCAUUAUUCCUUCGAGGAGCCAGGAGAAGCACACAAGCGGCCAAGGCUGUCUUGCAGCGCCUGA